CCAAGACCCAAGAAUAGGAAGUUGGGGUGCGGUCUUGAGGAGGUGGAGAGACCGGGUGGGUGCCUGCUUUUUCAAGGACCCUGAGCUUCCGAGAUCCUGGAGCUUCUCUGGCCAGGCAUCGCGGGUUUUCUUGACCUGGCCUCCCCGAGUGGCGCGCGAGCGGGGCUUCGCUCCACAGAGCGGCGGGGAGUCGUGGAGACUUUAUAGUGAAAUUGAGGAAAAGAAAAGUGGCCGCCACCGAAGCCCAGAGUUAACCGGAGUGAUUUUAGGAAGAAGAUCUGUACAUUGGUUUUGUGUCUAGUCUGAUGGGGCCUCAGUUGUCAGAGAUGGCACCAGCAGGGUGUCAGUGUCACACACAGAAAUAAAACUGUUUCUAGAGCAAAUGAUGAGUGAGCUGAAUGUGGAUGUGUGCUUGAACUCCCACAUGGGGGCUGUGUUCCUGGACACUGAGGGAUCUGUGCAGGAAAGCUCCAAUCAGAGGAAGAAAUACAACCCACAAACCGAAAGCCUUCAUCCUGAGAGUGCCCGCCAGCGCUUCCGGAGCUUUUGUUAUCAUGAAGCACCUGGGCCCCUAGAAGCUGUCAGUCAACUUCAGGAAUUAUGCAAUCAGUGGCUGAGACCAGAGGCCCACUCGAAAGAGCAGAUCUUGGAACUGCUGGUGCUAGAACAGUUCCUGACUGUUCUGCCCUGGGACAUCCAGAACUGGGUGCAGAAGCAUCAUCCACAGAAUAUCAGACAGGCUGUGGUCCUGGUAGAACGCUUGCGGAGAGAACCUGGUGGAACAAAGAAUGAGGUCACAACCCGUGAGCUGGGGAAGGAGACAGUGCUCUUGGGAGGAGUAGAAAAGGCCUCAGGCUUCAGGUGGAAGUCAGCAGAGCCCCAAGCAAUUGGUGUGUUCCAGAAAGAAUGCUGCAAUACAUACCAGGUACUACAAGAGCUGCUGGGCUGGCAUACUCACAAAGAAACCCAGCCUGUAUAUAAAAGAGCUGUGCAUACUCCACAGAUUUUAGCCCUUUCUGAGCAGAAAAGCACCGAAGACUGGAAGAGGACAUCUGAGCUCAUCUGGCCUGAGUCCCAGAGUUUGUUGACAUUUGAAGAUGUGGCCGUAUAUUUUUCCGAGGAAGAAUGGCAAUUUUUGAACCCUUCUCAGAAGACCCUCUACAACGAUGUCAUGCAGGAGAACUAUGAGACUGUCAUCUCUCUAGGGUUAAAGCUCAAAAAUGGCACUGGAAAUGAUCAGCCUAAUUAUAUUUCUCCAUCAGAAAUACAAGCAUCAGGAUGCAAAGUGUCAAAGAAGACCAGAGUGAAAGUUGUCCAGAAAACAAUGGGCAAGGAAAAUCAUGAUGAUACAUACAGGGUACAGAAACAGGGUCGAGCUUUACCAAGGAAGAAAAGAAAGAAACUUUCAACUUGCAAACAAGAGCUUCUGAAACAUGUGGAUCUUCAUGGGAAAGGAUACACAGGAGAGAAACCUUUUAAAUGUCAGGAAUGUGGGAAAAGCUUCAGAGUUAGUUCUGAUCUUAUUAAGCACCAGAGAAUUCACACUGAAGAGAAGCCCUAUAAAUGUCAACAAUGUGAUAGGAGGUUUAGAUGGAGUUCAGAUCUUAAUAAGCACUUCAUGGCACAUCAAGGAAUAAAACCAUACAGAUGUUCAUGGUGUGGGAAAAGCUUCAGUCACAACACAAAUCUCCACACACACCAACGAAUUCACACAGGAGAGAAGCCCUUUAAGUGUCAUGAAUGUGGAAAAAGAUUUAUUCAGAACUCCCACCUUAUUAAACACCAGAGAACCCACACAGGUGAGCAGCCUUAUACUUGUAGCUUGUGCAGGAGAAACUUUAGCAGACGGUCAAGCCUUCUUAGACACCAAAAACUCCAUAGGAAUAGGGAAGCAUGUUCAGUGUCUCCAGUCUGAAGAAAGUGACCAUACGGAUUAACAGAAGUGAUGAAGGAAUACAAAAUUAUGUGACAUCCAGUGAUAGGAAUCUGAUUAUCAACAGAAAAUUUGAGAGAAGUAUAUAUCCUGUAUAACAGAAGGAAAUCUAAGUUAUUUCUCUUAUUCAGCAUUGUAUCUUCAGUGCCUAGCACAAGACUGGUAUAUAAUGAGUACAUUAUAAAUAAAAUAAUGAAAAUAUAGGUAUCAGAUACAUCUAUAGCUAUGCAUUUAUCUAAUUAUUCAAAGUUUCUCCACCCUCAAUGACAGAAUCUUCAGGUAUCAGGUGCUCAGCAAAUGCAUGCUGGUUACAAGUCCUAUUGUCAUUCUUCAUUCCUUCUCAGGAGAAAUGGAAAAUAAGAGUAUCCCAGGUCUCCUGAAGGGAACGCAGAGAGGAUUACUGAACUAAGGACAGUUUCAAAGCUGCAAUUCUGUCUCCAUGGACAACCAAGCCCAGGGCUCAGGGAAAAUUUAUUUUAAUUUUUUUUUUUAUUUUCAGGAGAACUUUAUAACAGCAAGAGAGGAUUCAAUGUUUGUCCUGGGAGAAGUGCUUCUGUUCUAGUUGCCUUUUUCCAGAGUACCCACUACUGCAGUGUCUUUUUUUUCUGCAAUGUCCUUUGUCAGGGAAUUCCAAGCAGCAAGGGAAGGACUGAAGGCCAAAACAGGCCUAGGGUCCUUACAAGCACUUAAACUCUACCUCUGCCCCUCAACACAGUCUAAUAGACUGAACUGAUGAUGGAGGCAGUCUGGGCCUUCAUCCAAAUAUCUGUCUCUUUGUAUAAAGAAUAGGGCAGUAGUUAGUGGAUUUUUUGGCUUUGAUUAUGUGCAUUGGAAGUUUUCAAAGCAGUGCCAAAGGGAGGUUCAUUUUUAUGGUUUACUCAACCUUGACCCUAUACACUUGAAUGCUCUACAGGAAGGUCUAAGCAUUUGUUUUCAUGAUAAUUGCAAGGAAAGUCUGUGACCUCUCCCCUUGGUGCACUUCUGAUAUCAGGAGGGAACAUCCACAAAUAUCCAAGAAAAGUAAGGUGUGUGGCUUAGAGUAUGGUCUCAGUCAGAGUCAGGCUAGAAUGGAAACUAUUUUCUGAUGCAGUUUUUCUUCCUUCUCCACUGGUUUACAAGAUUAUCUCAUAACAGAAUAUAAUGUGAAGGCUGGGGAUGUAGUUCAGUGGUAGAAAGCUUGACUAGCAUACACAAGGCCCUGGAUUUUAAUCCCCAGUUACCACCCCCACACACACGUGUGCACACACACAUGAUAACAAAAAGAAAAUGUGAUAUCAAAGGAAGUGGAAUACAUUUGUCAGAACCUGGUUUGUGAUGUUGGCCAAGGCUUCAAUAUAUUUAUUUAGUAUUUCUCCCCUUCCCUAGUACCGGAGAUUGAACCCAGGGACACUCUACCACUGAGCUACAUCCCUAGUACUUUUUAUUUUCUUCUUGAGACAUCAUCCCACUAAGUAACCCACAAUGACCUCAAACUUGACACUCUACCACUGAGGUACAUCCCUAGCCCUUUUUAUUUUGAGAACAGGUCACACUAAGUUGUCCAGGCUGGCCUCCUGCCUUAGUGUCCUGUGUGCUGUUUGCCUCCAUGCCCAAUCUUUAUUUAGAAUUUCAUUUAAUUUUAUUUUCUAAUAAAAAUGAUGUUUCAUAUGUAAUUUUUUUGGGGGUGCUAGGGAUUGAACCCAGGGCCUUGGUGCUUGCAAGGCAGGCACUCUACCAACUGAGCUAUCUCCCCAGCCCCUCAUAUGUAAUUUAAGCAUAAAACAAAGCUUCUUUGAUACUGAACCACCCAGAAAUGGCCAACAUUCACUUCUUUGGAAUAGGUACUUUCACAUUUUUUUCUACCAACAGACCUUCCUGAGUCUUUUUCCAGAUUUGCAAAAUGGGAAUGGUAAUUCCUACCUCUCAGGGCUCCUGUGAGGAUUAAAUGAGACACACGUGUAAGCAUGCCUAGUACAGUGACUAACACACAACAGAUAUUCCAUAAACAUCUGAAACAUUCUUCAUUCAUCUUUCACCUGAUUAUUUAGAAAAUAAACUUCAUCUGCUUU